UUGCCCCGCGAUUCUCGUCAUUCCCAAUUCAACACGAGUACAGAUUAUUCCGUACCGCUCGGCGCAAGCAAACAUGUCAAUAUGAGAUGCAUUAUUUCGAGGCCGCUACGGUUUAGCCCCAGCGCCGUUCUAGGAUCCAAUUGCCCCCGGAGAGCAUCCUCAACCCUACAGAAUCUGAAGAAUGCCUCGGUCGCCCACCACAAACCACAAACCCAAUCCCAAUCCCAUCCACAACGUGAUCGCGAACAACGGCGUCGCUACGAUCACGAUGUCGUCCCUCACUUAGCAAGGCAACCGUUACAUCCCCUGAGCCUUGCAGAUCUAGUGAAACACGGCCGCCCUCCCCUCUCCGCCGAGGCUCUGUUGGCGUCGGCCCGCUUCACACUUUCGUUGUUACCGAUACGACUAGCCCAUCGCAUACAAGCGCUACGCAACCUCCCGUACAUCGUCGUUUCCAAUCCAAACAUUAGCAAAAUCUACAACAACUACCAACACUCGCUCUCGACUCUGCUGCCGUGGCAGGGGCGCACCAUCAGCAAUCUGGAGGAUGAGAUACGCUUUACCGAGGUGCUGGCCGAAUUAGUGCAGACGCACACCGAUACCAUUCCCAUCCUCGCCCGAGGCUUCCUCGAGUGUCGCAAGUACAUAUCACCCUCCGAGGUGACCCGCUUCCUCGACCAGCAUCUGCGCGCCCGUAUCGGCACGCGCCUCGUCGCAGAGCAGCACAUCGCCCUGCAUUUCAGCAGCACACCGCACUUCGAUCCAGCCGCGAGCCCGACCCCGUGCCCCGAACACCCCAGCUACAUCGGGGUGAUCGACACCGCCCUGCGGCCCGCCUCCACCGUCGACUCGUGCGGCGGCUUCGUCGCCGACAUCUGCGAGCUCAACUACGGCGUGCGCCCGCAGUGGGUGGUCGACGGCGAGCCCGACACCACCUUCGCCUUCGUGCCCAUGCAUCUCGAGUACAUCGUCACGGAGCUGCUCAAGAACGCGUUCCGCGCGACCGUCGAGAACGGCAUGAGCCGCGAGCCCGUCGUCAUCACCAUCGCCCCGGAGCCGCCCGCGGUCAAGCCGCCCCCUUACCACCACGACCACCACCACCGCCACCACGACCAAAACCAACACCACGACCAAGACCACGUCCGCCUGUCCCCGCCGCACGAGGACCGCGGCGCCUUCGGCCGCGACGCCAUUGCUCCGCUGGACGAUAACGCCCCCGGCGUGACCAUCCGCAUCCGCGACCGCGGCGGCGGCAUCAGCUCCGACAUCCUGCCCCACAUCUGGAGCUACUCCUUCACCACCUUCAGCGAGUCGGACGACGACGUCCCCGGGGGUAGUAAUAGUAGUAGUAGUAGUAGUAGUGCCAACAGCAUUUUUGGUGGUGGCGCCAACAGCUAUGGUGAUGCCCUGAACGUUAUUUCGGCUGCUAGCAAUGGGAGCAGCUCCAUCGCGGGGCUGGGGUAUGGCUUGCCGCUGAGCAGGGCGUAUGCCGAGUACUUUGGCGGUGGGAUCGCGGUGCAGAGUCUGCAUGGGUGGGGGACAGAUGUGUAUUUGCGGUUGAAGGGCGUGGGCAAGAUUGAGUGAGUUUACGUAUUUUUGUUUUGUUUUAUUGUACUUCUUUUUUACCUUCUUUUUUCCUUGUCUUCACCUCUUCUCUUUUUUUUUGCGUUAAAAAAGGAUUAUUAGUCCUUAAAGUGGAUGCUUUGUUUUUGGGCUGUUGAGACUUGUUUGGGAUAGAAUACUAAUGAGACUGGGGGUUAGACAGGAAACGACGGCUGUGAGGAAAGCACAGGGUGGUGGUGGUAAGGACUAACAAGGCAAGCAGAAGACGGGUUACAACUGAGUUAG